AUGUUCGAGUUGGAGCCGCAUAAGGUGGCGAGCAUCCUCGUUUGGGCGACCUCUUUCUCUGGGAUGUUCUCAAAUGGUUUCGUCUUUUGCUGGGUGACCAAGAUGCCGUCGAUGCAGAACCCCUUCGGCGGUAUCGCUAAAAACCAAUCUCUGACCGGCUUCCUACACGCUUGCGGAUACUUCUUCUUCUUUGCCCCGAUGCUGUACUUCGACAUCAAGGCCUGGAAAGACCCAAGUGUUUCGAGCUGGUUCGGGCAGCUUGAGAACACUUUUUAUGAUGCUUGUCUAUCUUGCCAUCUAUUAAUAUCCCUGAAUCGUAUCACGUCGAUCUGGUAUCCAACGUAUUACGACAAGAUUUUCACCGAGUAUCGUCUGCUCGGACAUACCACGGAUACGCAGGCGCGUAAUCGGCGUAUUAUGGAAAUCACCUUUGUGACGCAGUCGUUUGUCCAAGCCUUUAUCUUCAUCCUCGAGUUGCUCAGCUAUUUCGUGUUCGUCAACUGGACCGACAACAAGUUGGCCAAGUUCGCCCUGAAGACCAUCGCCUGGGUCAUGGUGCAUUCACUUGAUGGUUUCAUCGCCAUCCUUUUCAACAAGGAAUUCAUACGCAAAAUCUACCACUCGAAGCAACGACUCACUUUGCGCUAUAGCUCCAGCCCGGCCAAAAUUGUGCAAAACGCCGAUUCCUUAAACACCGACAGCCUGCCCGUCGACGCCGAAAAGAAACUG